UCAGUUCAGUAUGCGCGGGCUAGAAGGGACGGGGAAGAGAGAGAGAGAGAGAGAGGAUAGAGCAUGAGGGUGGAGGAGCUAGUGGAGAAGAUGAAGGUGAAGGUGAUGGGUACGCUGGGCAGAAAGAGGGGGUAUAAGAAGAACCAGAAGGAGUCUUACUCGAAGAUGGACAAGACUGCGAGCAUCAAGGUGGAUAUUCAAAGCCGCAAGGCACAACGCCUAAUCCAGAAAACCCUCGCCGCCGCCGACCGACCCGGCAAGCCCUCCCACUCCCUCCCUCCCACCUAAUCAAAAUUUCUCGUGCUACUAGUUAUUAAUAAAUUCCACAUCUUCUCUCUUUCUUCUACAUCCAUGUAUCAUAUACCUACUUCUAUGGAAGAUAACCUCCAGUAUUUUUAUUC